AUGUCUUUCCUUAGCAACUUCUUGACUUCAGCUCGUCAGCGGUUGUAUGGCGAUAAGAAUGUAACAAUAGUCACUGGUAACGACGCAGCAGAUCUUGAUUCAAUAAUCUCGUCUUUAUUAUUCGCGUAUCUCAGUCAGCAAGUGGACGAUUCUACCAUUUAUGUACCACUCGUGAAAGUUCCAAAAGCUGAUUUAAAACUUCGUCCUGAACUCGAAUAUGUUAUGGAACAAGUGCAACUUGACACGAACAGCCUCAUUUGCCUUGAAGAAAUAACACUGAACCCAUCAAAACACCAGCUCAUAUUGAUCGAUCAUAAUGUUGCCACUCAUCCGUUCACAGCUGCAUUUAAAGUUGUUGGUGUUGUUGAUCAUCAUGUUGAUGAAAAACUAUACUUGGACGCCGAACCUCGUUGUAUCGACAUGGUGGGGUCUUGUGUGUCACUUGUCCUCAACCAGUUUUCUUCAGACUUGUGGAAAGACAACAAAGUGAUUGCCCAGCUGGCUUUAGCGCCCCUUUUAAUUGACACUGUCAACCUGAAUUGGUCGCUUAAUCGAACAACGGAGUUAGACGUCAAAAUUCAUGAUGUAUUGAAAAAGUUUCAGCCAGAUAAUUACUUUCAUAAUAUUGAAAAGGUCAAAUCUCAAGUGGAUCGUAUGUCUAGCUACGAUAUUUUACGUCGAGAUUACAAAGAGUUUGUGGUAGGCCCUUAUCGUAUCGGUACCAGCGCUGUAACUUGGUACUUUGACGGUUGGGCCAAACGCGAUUCACCUCAGAUAAUCGAAGAAGCAGCCUACAGUUAUGCACAGGAGCGUCAGUUGGAUAUGGAGGUGAUUUUGACAGCAUUUGAUCAUGAUCGAGAAGGAAAAGGGGAUUAUCGCCGAGAAUUGGCUAUUUUAAUAUUGAACCCACAAUUACAAGGCGUUAAACACACAAUAGAAAGAGACGAACAAAUCCAGUUAAAGAGGAAAACGGGUGAGUUUGAUGGAGCCACAAAGAGCCUUACAUUCUAUAGUCAGGGCAACUUGAAGAUGUCACGUAAACAAGUGUGGCCAAUGUUGAAACAGCUGAUAGAAAUGCAAUAA